UGCUGAGUGUGAACGGGGCGACCCUGAGGGUGCCAGCCACCAGGAGGCAGUCACACUGCUCAGCAACCAAGUGGGUGCGGUCCACUGCAGGCCCGUAUCUGGCCACAAUGACGGUGAUCUCAGCGAGGACGAUGAUCACGAUUUCAACAAUCUCAGGUACGGUUUCUUUGACGAUGCAAGCGACGGUGUGGACUUCUAUAGAACAAGGAACGGUUACUCGAAAAGUAAUAGCAAAGAUAGGCCUGCUACACCCACGCCCACGGCGCCUAGGACACCGGACUCAUUAAUUAGGGGCGAAUCAGAAUGCAGUUAUCCGACCAGUCCUAUAGCAACACAGCAGCAGCACAAAGAUGUGACCACGGAUGAAGUGACAGAGAGGACCCCCCUGGAGCAGGAUGACCCCCCGGAAGCCCCCUCUGCAGAGAGGAGUGUGCACAUCACCACAGCUGAUCCCCCCUCCCCCGCGCCUACAACCGCCACGCCAUCUAGCGUCGUCAGUCCCAAACACUUUGGGGUCACCACCUUGCAGAAGAUAUUCAGGUCACUGACCCCAUCAGGGGUAUGGAGCGACGGAACGGAAGAAGAGUCCAACGAUAACAACGAGACGGGGGACGAUGAAGACAAACCCCUCACUCCAGAUCCCCCCACCAAAGCGCCCUCACUAAACCGGUUCAAACCGGUUUCCUCGCCAUCUGACAAUGCUGCCAACAUAAACGACAACAUCGAGGAGAUCAUACUGCGACAAGGUGGCACCUCAAUAGUCGCCCAGCGCAUGGUUCCCAACCGGAAGAACCAAGAUGGCGGAAUUCCAAGAUGGCGUGAGCAGCUGCAGAAAGAGUCGAGUCAGCUGUUUCAUCCGGAAACGGAAGCGGUCAGUUUGGUGGAUGGUCACGGUGACGCCACUUUUGGCACACCUGUAUAAACUGUCAGCUGUAGUUUAGGUACAAAUAAUUGAUAUAUUCAUAAUUCUGAACGUUUUAUUUCGUUUACAUAGAUAAUUAUGUACAUUUUUGGAAUCAUAUGAUCGUCGAAAAUCCAAUUGAAUUUGAACACAGUGCAUAAACGUUCAUUGAACAGUUAGGGCCAAGCCGAACGAAGUGUCUUUUCAGACGAGUUGGCAGGGCAGGAAGCUCUCUGAUUGGCUGAUUCCCGAACGCCAACCCAAUCAGCCAAUCGGAGAUCUUCCUGACCUGCCGACUCGUCUGAAAAAACACUUCGUUUGGCUUGGCCCUUGAGCUGGAUUGAAAUUAAAUGAACAUAUUAUUUAUUAGGCGGAUUUUGGACUUCCCUAGUGGAUCCAAAAUAUCAGUAUCAGUGUAAUAUUAUUCUCACAGUACAGAGAAGAUAUUAUACUCAUUAAUUGUAAUGGGGCUAUUGAAAUGUUAAUGACUAUAUAAAUUACUAUUGAAAUAUUAAACUCGCUCGGCCGGGCUGAAUGUGAAUCCUCCAAUUAGAACUAAUGGAAAUAAUGUUUCUACUAUACCGGAUACAUACACUGAUUCUGAUAUGUAGGAUUCUAGUUUCACGGCAGUCAACUUUGAUUGGAUUUUCAUUCAACCAAGUAUGUAUAAUUGCAAUAUUAAUAUCACGCUGACUGUUUGAUUCUGUCAACUUCAAUAAUCAUGUAUUUUUUUUGGAAUCAUAGUGGUCAGAGCUAUACGAGAAUUCAGUUGAGUUCAACUAUCUUACAUAACAUGAUUUAACUGCGAUAUAAUUGAUUGUAUUCUCAUGUAACUGACUGUGAGCAUGAGUAUUACAAUAUUAUUCAUGCUGAAUGAUUGGUUUCCUUGGAAUGAUCAAUCAUAAGGUCAGUUGCACGUAAAUGAAAUUGAAUUUGGCCCUUGUAAAAUUAAUGACAUAACAUUUAGGGCCGGUUUCCGAGCUCGUGAUUUAGCUAAGUUCUAGACUUUAAACAUCUGGAGUCAGAAAAUUGGCUUUUAAAAAAAUAAAGGUUAUCAUGGGAGUUGGGACUACGCCCCGUUUCGGAAAGCCAGUUUCUGGCUUCUGUUUAAAGUUUAGAACUCAGCUAGAUUCGGAGCUCGGAAACCGGUCCUUAUAUUGAAUUCGUUGGGUUAGUUAACAUCAUUAUACGACGAUCCAAAUUGAUUAUAUUUUCGUGAAACUGGACAUAAGUUUAAGUAAUUAUUGUAAUAUUCGUGAUUCUGAAUGUUUCAUCUAUUUUACAAGAAUGAUUAUUGAAAUUUACGGAAUCAUUGUUGGUCAACGUUGUUUUUAUUAUCAAAUUUACUAGUCAAAACCAGUGUGACUGGUUGAAUUAAUGCAGUAGGACGUUUAAAAUAGGCAAAUUAAGAAAAACUUUGUCGAAUUACUAAUGGCCGUUUACAAACUCAUGACACCCAGAAUUUUCUCCAAUUGGCUAGUUCUCACCAACAGCUGAUUCCUAGUUUAUCAAAAUUAUAAAUAUGUAUUUUAAAUAUUAUAAAUGGAUUGAAAUAAAUGAAUUAAAGACCUUGAAGAGGUAUGGACCCACAAUGCCUAUGCCUUCCCAGUGCUAGCUCUAACUACCUCUGGUCUGCGCAUGCUCUCUAGUCCAUGCAGACCAUUUCCAUAUUAUUAAUUGUACUCAUUACCCUAAAUAUAAAUGUUCUCAUCGUUUUCCUUGAAACCUAAGCCACAUUAAGAUUGACAUACUUGAAUUAAAAAAUUUAAAUCAACACUUUCAUUUCAUUUUAGACACUUAAAAAUUUAUUUUUAUUUAUAUACGGUAAUUUAGGUUCUAGGAUGAUGUUGUAACACGAUUUUUGUAUUACAAUGAAUGAGCACAGUAUGUUUUUUUUUUUGUUAAAUGAAUUUUUUGAAAUAAAGAGACUUUUGUCUGUCUGUCUGUCAACUUGGAAUUGAAGACCCCAUUGAGGUAUUUUAUUGCGAGAUACAGUAUUAUAUAUAUUUCUUUGUAAUAUUAUAGAUUACAAAGGAUUUUUUUGGUAUGUAUAAUCUUCCAGAUUUCCCCUCAAUGGCCGAUUUAAUUCCAAAUACAACACUAGCGCUACAUGUGAGUCUUUAGGUUUUUGAAAUGAAUAUUUAUUUAGCGUAUGGCCCUACGACACAAAUCUUUAUGUUAUCUAACAUAAGCCACACAUAUAAACAAUGAAGUCAUCUUAGUCACAAGUUUGAAAAAAGGUGGACCACAAAUUAAAAAAUGAAAUUUUUAAAGUUAUAAUCAUAUAUCUAGUCGAUUUAGAUAUGCCACUGCAUCUUGUGUAGCUACCAGGAAGUCAUCCAGCCUGCCCUCAUAAGCUGUUCUUGUGCACUCUUCUACAAUGUGUCUUAUGGUUUGCACAGCGCCACACUCACAAAAAGGUGUGGGAGCCUUUCCCCACUUGUGCAACGCAUAGGCACAUCUUCCAUGCUCAGUUCGGAUCCUGUUAAGAGCCGACCAUAGUUUGCGUGGCAAAUCAAAACCUGGUGGCUUUUCGGUGAUACAUGGUGUAAGAUCGAAUUGCCUUGCAUGCCAUUCUUGUUGCCAG